AUGUACCGCCCAUCAACGGCCUGGGCUUUGGCCAUCCUCACCUAUGUGACUGGCACCCUGGCUGCUGAUGCUUCGGCCAACUACACUGAGCAGCUCUUGAGCUCAGGCACAAUCAAGCUCGGAGCCUGGCAGGAUGCCUACGACAAGGCCGCAGCCCUCGUCGCCACUCUGACCACGGACGAAAAGAUCUCCAUCGCUGCCGGUGGCGAUGGCGGCAACUUCACCGGCCUUCACAACCUCGACUCGGCCACCAACCCGCUCACCUACUUCUAUGUCACAACAUGGCCCGCCGGCCUCGCGAUGGCCAUGACGUGGGACACGGCCGCGGCUGAAGGCCAGGGCCAGGGCGUCGGUGUCGAGUUCAAGGGCAAGGGUAUCAACAUGGCGUAUGGGCCUACCUUGGAGCCUCUCGGCCGCUCAGCAUGGGGCGGACGUACCGGUGAGACGUACGGUGUUGACAGCUACCAAGCCGGCAUCGUGGCCGGAGCAGUCGUCAAGGGCAUGUCUUCGGCUGGUGUGGUCGCCAGUGCCAAGCACUUCAUCCUGAACGAACAGGAAACUAACCGAAUGAGCACCGGCUCUGGAGGCGGUAUGGGUGGCGGAUCGCCUCCUGACGGCGCAGGACCAGGUGGUAACUCAACUCUCACCAGACGCCAGACCUCAACAAAUGGCACAACCAGCGGCAACUCAACCUCCUCAGAUGACACCGGCGCCUACACCGUCACCAUCUCAGACAAGGCCUUCCACGAAACAUACCUCUGGCCCUUCUACGACACCGUCUACAACGGCAUGGGCGGCGCCAUGUGCGCCAUGAACAAGGUCAACGGCACCUACUCCUGCGAGAGCCAGGACCUCCUCGCCAAGUACCUCAAGGUCGAGCUCGGCUUCCCGGGCAUCGUUCACGCCGACGUCAGCGCCCAGAAAACCGGCAUCAACGCCGCUAACGCCGGCAUGGACCUCUCCUCCAGCUCCUACUUCUCCAACACCACCCUCGGCGCCGGCCUCAACAACGGCAGCUUCACCAUGGACCGCCUCGACGACAUGGCCAUCCGCAACAUGAUGGGCUACUUCCACCUCGGCCAGGACCAGGGCUACCCUGCCCACGCCGGCGUGACCGACCGCGUCGACAACCGUGGCAACCACAGCGCCAUGGCCCGCGAGUACGCGGCCAACUCCAUCGCCCUGCUGAAGAACACCAACAACGCGCUGCCCCUCGUCAACAAGUCCAGCAUCAGCAUCUUCGGGUUCCACGCCGGCCCGCGCUACGUCGGCGCCAACACGGCGCUCGGCGUCUACGACGGCGAGCCGUCCACGAUGCAGGGCCAUAUGGCCGUCGUCGGCGGCUCCGCCAUGGGCUCGCUGUCGUACCUCACCACGCCCCUGCAGCUCUUCAACCAGCGCGCCGCCACUGACGGCUUCAUGUUGAGGUGGUGGCUCAACGACACCUCCGAGACGUCCUUCAGCGGCAUGUCAGGCUCCGGCACGGAGCUGACCGAGUCCACGACCGGCGUGGCUGACCUCUCGGACGCGUGCGUCGUCUUCCUCAACGCGUGGGGCGGCGAGGGCGCCGACCGCACCGAGCUUACCAACGUGGACCAGGAUACCCUCGUCACGACCGUCGCGGAUGUGUGCAACAACACCAUUGUCGUGAUCAACACCGUCGGCCCGCGUCUAGUGGACGCUUGGAUUGAGCACGAGAAUGUUACUGGUGUACUUUACGGCGGUGCGCUGGGCCAGGAGUCCGGAAACGCCAUUGACGACGUUCUUUUCGGCGCCGUCAACCCCUCUGGAAGACUGGUACACACCAUCGCCAAGAACGAGAGCGACUACAACCCCGACACAAUCAUCAGCGAGACGGAGCUGAAUCUGGACUUCUCAGAUGGCAACUACAUUGACUACAAGUACUUCGACUACUACAACGUCACCCCCCGCUACGAGUACGGAUACGGUCUUUCCUACACGACUUUCGAGUACUCUUCCACCGCCACCGUUGAGUCUUCCAACCUCACGAGCGGCUUCGCCACUGGGGACAAGUCCGUCGGUGGACGCGAGGAUCUUUGGGACAUCGUGGCUACCGUGUCCACCAGCAUCUCCAACACGGGCUCCGUCGCCGGGGCCGAGGUUGCGCAGCUCUACAUCUCUUUCCCUGACGCCGCUGGCGAGCCUGUCAGACAGCUGCGUGGCUUCCAGAAGGUGACGAUCCAGCCUGGCGAGAGCGCCGAUGUGACGUUCUCCCUGAGACGUAGGGAUCUGAGUGUGUGGGAUGUUGUUGGCCAGGAGUGGAAGGUGGAGAGCGGAGAAUACAAGUUGUAUGUCGGUGCGAGCAGCAGAGACUUCAAGGCGCAGACGACCUUGACUGUUGCUUGA